AUGCUGUCCAGUCCAGGAGAAGGAGAAGAAUCCAUUCCUGGCAUCAUAGGUGGUGAAGCCAUAUCAGGGAUUGUUUCUGGGCUUGGGGCCAUAGGAGUUGGUGGGCUCAUUGGGCUUGAAGAUGGAGUCAUGGACAUAGGUGCCAUAGGUGGAGGAGCCAUAGGCAUAGGCGGUGGAGCCAUAGGCAUAGGUAGGGGAGUCAUCAUUGGCAUAGGUGGUGGAGUCAUCAUUGGCAUUGGAGAGCCGCCGCUAGGCAUUGGCGGCAUGGACAUGGAGCCAGAAGGAGCCAUCAUGGGAGAUUGAGCUAAAGAGAAAUGAACUAAAACCAUAGACAA